ACCGACAACCGUUUGUAAACAAUAAACACUAGGGGCCUUUUCCUGAAAGACUGACCAAAGGCAAACUGACCUAGCCGUAGCUACUGUGUUUCUCUUCUAUGUUACAAAUGUCACACAGCAAUUACUGUUGACAGGCAUGAGCUCGAAAACACUUUCUGCUGUGUUAGAGAAGAAGAUUCGUCGCCUGUGUCUGAAUGUCUUUCCUUGUGGAUAUGGCAGCUGGAGAAAGACCAAAGGCAGUACAGAGGGGGGAGAGACAGAGGAGACAGACUCCCUCCUGGACCUACUGAGCUGCCCUCACUCUCCAUGGCGGCAUGAUGAAUCGUGGAGCCCCCAAGCUCUGCCCCUGAGAGAGCUGGCUGUGCUCACACCUGAACAUCUGCACUCUGACUUCAUUUACAAAUACUUUAUUGCACUUCGCAUUGUGGACAAGGGUGUAACAGUAAUCGACAACGGCCUGUUAAAGUUCUCAAAGCUGGAGGAAUUGGUGCUGAGCGCCAACCACAUCUCAGAAAUCCCUGCAGAAUGCCUUCCUAGUACGUUGAAAAUUUUGGAGCUACGUGCAAACCGGUUAUCUGGUCUGAACAGUUUUACCAGCCCUCCGCCUCCUCGCCUACAGUACCUCGGCCUUGGCUCAAACUGUUUAGGUUCCCACAAAGACGUCUCUCAUCUUACAGGAAGACACUGGCCACAGCUGGUGUGUCUGGACCUGAGGGACUGUGAGUUUCAGGACCAGCGGGCCCUGCUGAACGCCUUGAGCACGCUACCCUGCCUCAAGACACUGGUGCUGGAGGGAAACCCCUUCACUCUUGCCUCCUGCUACCCAGGCUUCACUGUGGACAGUCUCCCACACCUCACAUGCCUGGAUGCCUCGUGGAUCUCCCCUGAGGAAAGACGCUGUUUCAGGGGCUUGGCCAAGAUGACAGAUCUGAUAGUGGACCAGGCAUCAACCACAGUGUGUGUGGGCAGGAUGAGGGGAAUCCCAGACCCGUUGAUUAGUGCGGAUGGAAACGCUCCUGACUUUCCUGUUGUCACCUAUAGCUAUUUCAUCACAUACGAAUUCCUUAGUCAUCAAACAUCUGUUUACCUGACAUUUGACAGUGAGUCUAAAUUUGACGCAGCAGCUACAGCUCAUGUGAUGGAGGACAGCUCCAGUGACGCUGACCUACGAUCAAACAGGAAUUGUGAAAAAGAAACAUCCAAACCAGACACAAAAGGCUUGAUGGUGUACACUGAGGAAACGUGCCAUGACAUUACACUUGUGUCAAAACACAGCACAUCAAAGCUGACAUGGUCAGAGUGCAUGGACUUCAGUGACACACAAACGUACAUUGUUAGUGAUCUGGGAGGCUUAAAGAGAUUCCUCAAUCAAGGCCUUUAUCUGAGGAUAGAGGAGGAAAAGGUCCUGUCAUGGCCUGCAGCUUCCGAUGACGUCACCGUGGCCAAACCCAGCCAAACUGUAAAAGAGAAGAAAGUCGGGAAAGGAAAAGAAUCUCCAAUCAAAUCUGGUUCCACCAAAGAGAAGUCUAAAGACAAAAAGAAGAAAUCUGUACCAGAGAUGGUCCAGGACGCCCCUAUAAGAAGAAUCCUCGGCUCUGUGCAUGUCCCCCUGCAAAGCCUGAUCAAAAGCGGUCAAAAGGUUGAUGUUCUCUGUGACCUUGGUGUUCUGCACACAGAGACGGAGGUGGAAACUACGCAAGCACUUAAUGAGGAUCUGGAAAAGAAAAUCAAAGAGGUCAAGCAGGAGGACAAGGAAGCAAAGCAGAGAGGAGGCAGCGAUGCUACACAUAAUACAGUAGCUUCAAAAGGCAAAGGAAAGGGAAGGAAGAAAUGUGGGAUGGAUGUCCACGCAGACAGCUCCGUGCCCGUCCAACUGAAACCAGUGACUGUGGAGUUGAGAGUGGAGCUGGAGAAAUGGCAGUCUGCAUCUGAAGCUCACCAACUUCUGCUCCCACAACAAAACUCCUAAAGCAAAGUGACUGUUUUAUCUUAAAGCACGAUAAGCAGCUAAGCCAGGUUUCAGGCCUUUUGUCAGUUUGACCUACCGUCACUUACAGAUCCCUCCAAACUAGUCCUGGUUUUCAGGCUUGGGUUUAACCAGUAUUAAACUAUCCACUAGACCAAAUAAAAUAAAACCACUCUUUUCCUGCUGACUGUU